CUCUCAUAUAAUCCUUUUGCACACGGGAAAGAUAUUUUGCUUUCAUUUGUUAACAAAUUGUUGACUGGCCACGAGUUAAGUAGGAAGAGGUUAGGCAGGAGACUCAAACUGAAAGAAUGAUGGUAAGAAGAACAGAGUCAUGGGGAGUCACCAGGAGAUUUGGAGGAAGCAGGAGAUGAACAUGCCAUGCUGACAAAUGGUACAACAAUGUGGUAGAUAGUGUAAAAGCCAUAUGGAUUAAUUUAAGGUGUAACUAUAGGUUAGUUAUAAGCCUAACCUAUCAGCAAAUCAUUUAUAAUUAUUAAUAAGUCUCUGUUUGAUUACUGGGCAGCCAGAUAGCAGAAGUAGAGCUAUGUGGCAAUACAGAAACCCCAACUACAAUGGUCUGCACUCUUAGGUGAUGCUCCUCCAAUUAAAUGUUUUCAGGAUGCUCCCUCUGCUAGAGUAUGUAUGUGAAGAGAAUGUCUCAUGUGAAACCAACUGGCCUAUUGCUUCUCUUUCCACUGACUAGAAACCUUCAUCCCUGGGGAUUAGAGACAGCCAUACACCACAGAGAAUAUUAGCAUUGUAUAAACUAUUUCUAUGAGAUUCCUGUGUUGGUGUGACUCUUUAAUUGAAUGAAUAUUGACGGUGGGUUAUUUGUAAUCUCUGCACCAAAGAAUUCCCCCCGAAAGAUUCUCAGCAUCGAAUCUAAGAAUGUUCAUGAAGUUCUUCACAGCACACUCUGCACUAAAGAGCAUCAGUUCACAAAGACUCUUUGCCCUCUGCUCUCCCAUCUCUGGAAGCAAAGGAGAAAGGGCCACUGGGCAAACUGACAGUCCUCACUGAGGGACAGCUGUCAUGGUCACCAUCCUUUCAGGGCCACUCAGCUCUUCCCCCACAACAAACUCUCGCUCUCCAGUUCUUCAUCAGCCAUCUUCAUGUGCUUGGAAGUCCAUCCAUUUCCCAGGAUCCUCUCUUGUGGGUGUUUACCUUAAGUUGACCUCCUAUCAUACCCUCCAGCUGAGUUAGGUGGCCAGGUAAAAAGAAAAGUAAACCAGUGAGGAAGACGACAGGCCUCAGACACAGUGAGCAGCUCAGUAGACACUCAAGGCUUUGAGUGUGGUUUCUGGAAGGACAGCAACAAACAUCUCAACUGCAUGUACAUUUUGUUUGCAGUAGUGGCUUCCAUACACAAGAGGCAAAAGAAAAACCCAAGCAGCGCAGGAACUUCACCUUAAGUGAGUGUAUUUAUUCCUUAGAAACAAUAACAUAGUCUGUUAAAGACUUCAGACUAUUCUCAUAUGAGUGUGAGGACAUUCCUUUCUGACUACACACAAAAAAGGUGCUUCUCAAGAUUUUUUUCUGAAACAUCUACAGUUGUGGUAAUCUACAGCCUGUAGUCUGCCUUAAAAACCUCAGAAGAGCACAAGAGGAAACUCCCUCCUGGAAGAUUCCUCCUAGUGGUCCAGACGGUAAAGAAGAAUCCAGGUAGGCUUUUCUGUCAUCACCUCACCACCUCCCAAGCUCUCACUCUAGUUUGUAGACUGUCUCCAUCUUCUAGGCUUCAGUAUAGUCCUGACGUAUCUAAUAGGGUCUGGUUGGUAAAUAAAGUAACAACCAUGUAUGAAGCAUGAGGCAGCAUCAUGCUCAGGAUGCUGGUGUUUGUACAACAGGCUCUCACAGAAGACAGAGACACAAAUAGAGGCAGAUGGGGAAGCAACAGUGUUCAUACAGGUUCAGUGUUUCCAUACAAACAGGUGAAAAUAUCUUAAGAAGAAUGUCAUUGGUAGCUAUACAAUGCUGUGGUUCUGAAAAUAGCUAAAAUUAUCAAACUUGUGUUUUCUAUACUUUGCAACAAUGGCAGUCUAUAAAUCCACAAUGAAUAAGAUGUUACCUAGGAAAGAUGUUGUGCCAUGGACUGUUCAGAGAAAGUAUUGAUGAGGCUUCAGUCUCCCCUGGAGCUUUCAGGUUGGAAGAAGGCUCCGAGUGUAGCUGAUAUCAUACACUAGCUGGGACUCCAGUCCACAUGGUCCUCUGUGAUGGUAACACAGAAACAGAAGUUGUGGGUAACAGGGACCCAGAGCCAUUAUCAGUACAGAGCCAGGCCAGAAAGGAUGAGUGAAGAAGACACAGUGGAAAGGGCUUGCGUGGCCUACACGCUUGUCUGAGGUUCUCCUACCUAGAGUCCACAGCCUCGUUAAAGGACAUCAGUGAUUUCUUUAAUCAAACAUGAGAAUUUUUCACACAUUACUUUCAUGCAGUUUUCCUGACCCAUUUGUAUUGCCUGCUUGACCUCUCACCCACAUACAUUGUAUAUAUACACUAUCCCAUUCAUAUGUGGCUGCUUUGUCAUUGUCUUCUGGAACAAUUACAUGUGCAUGUGUGUGUGUUUGUAUAUAUAAAUAUAUGUAUGUAUAUAUAUCCCAUGGAUCAUUGCUUUCUGGCCCUCUCAGUCAUGUAUUUAGACUAUCCCACAUUCAAACAUUGAUCCCAUUUUGAAUGUAAAUCUCAAGGGCAUUUCUUCUCACAACUGCGGACUCCACCUGACACUUGACACAGAUCUUCUGGGCAAUCUUCUCAUUUAGUACAGACACAGGGAGACCUCUGAUGUCAGUUUCAUAAGGAGAAAACAAAACUUUGUACUCACAAAGUCCUAAAUUAGAUACACAUUAAACAAUGAAAUCCUCAUACCAGUCAUCAACUUCAUUCCCCAAAUAGUGUCUAAUAUCAUGGAAAGACACCCCAGCCCUUAGUCAAUACAGGUGUCAACUUUGACAAAGGCCACAGUGACCACUCACAGUGUGGCUGCUUGAAAAUGGCAGAACCCUGGUCCAAAGAAGCCCUGAGGUAACGGGGCUCUCAAGCACGUGUGAGGCACGAGACCAGCCCAAGACCCUGCCCCAGUCUCUUGAAAGUCGUUUAACUACAGGAAAACGUGAUGGCACUACCAAGAUGAAAGAUAUCAGAAGUGAGCAUUGGGACAGAGCAGGGCCAGAUGCAUCUAAAUGAUAACCAGCUGCAGAAGCAACAUUGUAAUCUAGCAUCUUUAACUUUCUAUGUGUAAACCCCAAAGGAUUUGGUUUAGCAGAUACAUGGUACCACAGAGAUAUUUAAGAAUUAUUUCUUCGUUACUGAACAUGGUCACCAUUUACCAACUGAAGAGAGUAGGAUGCAAAUUAACAGAGGAACAGGGCAAACUAAUCCCUUCCAUAUCCCCUGGGAGGAAUGAAGAUGAGAAUGUGUUUGACUACAACACCUUUGCUGUGACAGAUCUGAGGUCAACAUGAGGACUACUUCCAGCUGACAUCAGAGGUCUCCUGUGUCUAGACUAAAUGACCAGAUGGCCCAGAGAAGCACGCACAAAUGUCAGAUGUAUGCUGGACUUCUGAGAAAAAUGCACUAGAGUUUCACAUUCAAAAGCACCUGCAUAGACACACUGCAGGAGGGACUAGAGCUGAUUCCUCAGAGAGACAGACACAGAAGCUGCCUUCUCAGAGGAGACAGACACAGAAGCUGCCUUCUCAGAGGAGGCAGAGGGACACAAACUGGUUCCUCAGCAGAGGCCGAGAAGUGAGCAGAAGCAGACCUUUGCCUAUGUCACCUUCUUCCCUAGGGACAGGACUGCAUUGACAGUGGAACCGGAGCGAGUGCAGACAUUUGGCUGGAACCCCACAGCCCUCAUUCUCUCCUCAGCGCUCCUCUCCUGACUUACUGCUUUGCUGCUGAGAGGAUGGAAACACUUGAGAUGUCUUUAGAGACUGCAUGGGAUCCCGAGGACUGGUCUGUCAAAUCUUUCCACAAAGCUCCCCUAUUCUGUCAUUUCCUCCUGACAGUGUCAUCAACAUCACACUGGCUCCUCAUCCUAAAUCUUUGUUCUUCACCCCAUCCCCCAGUAGUGUCCAAAGCUCUCAAGGUGUUAAAGGUGACCCAGCUUUUCCCUUGGGUAUUGUCUCAGGAGGGCACUUUAGAACGUACAAUAAAAGUCUUCAUGCUCUUGGAAAAAUAGAACUAAGCUCCUCAUAGAGAGUCACGGGGGAUGUACAGAUAGUAUAUCUCAAGGACAUAAUCACCUGAUCACAAUUUCAAGACACAGAGGCAUCAUUCUGCAAUUCCCGGGUCGGUGACAGGAGAAGGGAACUCCCUCUCUGCUCUAUGUGGAAGGCCUCAGGAGGCUCAUACACCCUGCUCAGAGGCCAACAAGCCUGUGGGGAAUGUGGUCAUGCUUACCAGAAACUGACUGAAAAACUGCUUCCUGCAUGCUCACCACACAGAUGCAGCAAGAACUCAGAUCUUAAAUAUCACACAGGAAAUCAGUGGCCACCGGCCCUGGCCCUCUGUCCACACCUAAAGGUUUAAAAGUGUGAGCAUGAACAGGUGACAACUGAGGACAGCUCAGACCUCUGAAGAUGUUCCUGCUCCUGAUCGUGGUGGUGGCUAUCCUGCCAGUCAGCACUGAAGGAGGACAAAUCUUUUGGGGUACAGAGGCCAAACCCCACUCCCAUCCCUACAUGGCAUUCUUAAGGAUUUAUAGAAACAAAUCACGCUCUCGAUGUGGUGGCUUCCUGGUGCAAAAAGACAUCGUAAUGACAGCAGCUCACUGUUAUUCAAGGAAAAUAAUUGUAACCUUGGGUGCUCACAAUAUCAAGAAAAAGAAUAACACCCAGACCAUUCCUGUUAUUGACGCCAUCCCCCAUGAGGGCUAUAACAAAAAGCUGAUCAAUGACAUCAUGCUACUGAAGCUGAAACACAAAGCUCAAAUCAAUAACGCUGUGAAGACCAUUGCCCUUCCAAAGAGCAAUGACUGGGUGAAACCUGGGCAGGAGUGCACAGUGGCAGGCUGGGGAAAAAAAGGAAAUUGUCAAAUGCCUAACAAACUGCGGGAAGCGAAGCUAGAAGUUCAAGAAAGCAAGAAGUGCCAAGAAAUGUCCAAAACCUACAACAACUCCAUCCAGCUCUGUGUGGGAAAUCCCGAGAAGAAGAAUGCUACUGCUGGUGGAGAUUCCGGGGGACCCUUUGUGUGUCACGGUGUGGCCCAGGGCAUUGUCAGUUAUCACUUUUGUACCAAGAAACCUCCACGGGUUUUCACCAGAAUCUCAAGCUUUUUACCUUGGAUUCAGAAAACAAUAAAAGUCCUUCAAAAACCCUAGAAGUCAAGCCCUGAGUCUGGGCCAGUGUCCAGCAUCAUGGGGUACAGCUAUCGGAAUCUUAAUAAAGACAUCUGUCUUCAUUAAA